GUUAAUUGUCCAUCGAUGCGCGAACAGCUGACUCAAAUUUAGACGAAUGGGCGGCAGCAAGGAGGUGGUUAUCGAGGUGGAAGACACACUCAGCUCGGAGGGCAGCUUCGCCAGCACCGUGGCGGGUCAAUGUUGCAGCGACGAACUACAAGAUCGGGAAACUGUUCAACGGAACGAUCCUGCUGCCGCAGCGCAGACUUCAAAAUUCAAAAAAAGUCCCAGCGUGCUAUCGGGUGGCAAUAACUAUGCGAGCAGCAAAAAUGUAGCCGAGGGUCUCAUGGACAUAGCUUUGCUCUCGGCAAACGCUAAUCAGCUGCGCUUUUUGAUCACCUACAAUCAUGCGGCAUCCACAUUCUACUGCAGCUUGGCUCUGGUCAUACUCUCCCUGGUGCUGCAAUUAUUUGUGGGUAUUGUGCUGAUCUUUAAGCGCCGCCUCAAACGCUGUCAGAGUCGCAACUAUAUGCGAACCAAUGAGGUGCUCAUCAUGGGCGUAUUCCUUAUCACUGUGAUCAAUGUGUUGCUGGCUGCAUUUACCACAACCGACGGACGUGCCAAUUGAAAUAGUAAAACAGCUUUGCAUUUUCUUUAUAAAUUGAAUCAUAUUUAA